AUGGCGCCUGUUGAUCGCGUAGACCAUAAUGCUCUUGAGCAACAGCUCAAGGACAUCAUCCAGGAUCUCUACCAAAUAAUGGUCCAGGUCUCAACUUACGACUCAGUUGGCUGCUCAAGUAGAGAAGUCCUCAUCAACGAAAUCAAAACACUCUCCGAGUCCCUCCGCACACUUCACACGUCAGCUUCACCACCACAUAACCUCCCCUCGGUACCCCCAGAACUCCUCGAAUAUGUCGAACAUGGCCGUAACCCAGAUAUCUACACACGAGAAUUCGUCGAGCUUGUGCGUCGCGGUAACCAGCUCAUGCGAGGAAAACUCAACGCCUUUGGAUCUUUCCGCGAUAUUCUGGCCGAGAAUAUGACGACUGCUAUGCCUGAGCUGCGCGACGAUGUGGCUCAGGUUGUUGAGGCUACAGGAGGUGUGCCGCCGGGCAGAAGGAACGGAGAGCAGUCGCAAUCGCAAUCACAGCCGCAGCAAAAUGGUGCCAGUAACCAUGCAUCUUCAUCGGCUGCUUGA